CCACAGCUAGGGAACAGGCUGCCGCAGCAGCUAGGGCAGCAGCCAUGACUACCUCAGCAGCAUCCUCUGCGGCUUUGUCUGAGACUUUGUUGGGAAUGCCAACAAGUUCCACGGGCACUUCCAGUUCAUCGGGUUCUAGACAGUCUUCUAGUCAAAUGGUGGGCUCGCAGUUCAGCCCGUUGACUCUUCGUGAAAGGGAGCUCUGGGAGCUCCAACAGGUCGAAAGGACCCGUGAAAGAUUAGAGAGGGAACUGAAACCAGCUACCGACAGAGACAAGGAAAUCAAAAAUAGAACAGCCAGGCUUGAUACACUAGAGGCUGACAAGGCUGAGUUAGAGGGUUUGGACGACUCUGGAAUGAAUGAGCCCAUGAAAGUGUUGAGGAACAACAUGCUGUCACUGCAUGCGCACAUGGACAGCAGGUUGGACUUCAUGCAGAACACUUUGGACCAGAUCCUGGAUGUUUUGACAAGGCCAGGAUUUCGGCCACCAGCACAAUCACCGUUGCCGUUAACGGCGAUGUCAGGCCCCUUCCCAGUACAAGCUGGUACACAACUAAGUGGUACGUCUGCAGCAGUCGCACAGACUGUUGCAUCUUCUUCUUCGGGUCCAGCGGUGGGAGCUACAUCACCGCAACAACCUGUUCAGCAAUCUGGACAGCCGCAGGGUCAAUGGUAUCCUAAGACCCCAAUGAAACCGCCUCUUGCCUUCUCAGAUGAGAGAAAGGACGAAGAGCUCAACACUUGGUUGAGCGACCAGUUCCUAUUGAUAACAUUUGUCAGAUGUUUCCCAGAGAACAUCAGGAACUUGUUGGCCAGUGAGGCACGAGUCGAGUAUCACUCGUUUGAGACAUUGUCUAGGAAAGCCUUAGAUUUGGAGGCCAUGCUAGGCAAUGCUCAACCUACCUCUCAGAAUGACUCGAAGAAGAAGAAGAGUCCCCAAGAGUGGAAGAAGAAGGGGGCGAAGUUGAUGAUGGUUGAGUCCGAUGGGACUCAAACUGAGAUCGACGAACUCUCUGCCCUAGUGGACUAUUCAGAGUAUGACGGUGAGGAGGUAGCUGAGGGUAGCACCCUCGCCGCAGUAGUAAAGGCUAAGGCCGGUGGCCGAGGGAAGGGCCAACCUAGGAGUCCAGGAAAGGCCGCCUCCAAUCAGACCAAGCAGGCUGAAUGGGUGAAGGCAGGUCUUGACCAAGACGUGUGGCGUGACCGCCGAGUGCGAGUUGUUGAAAGGGAAGUCGUCCACGCUAUAGAAAUCAUUCCAGGGAGUAAGACCCCAAAGGGAAUGAUCUAUAGGAUGGCCCCCGCCGAGUUAGAUGAACUUCGGCGACAGCUUAAGGAGCUGACAGAGAAGGGUUGGAUUCGGGUUAGUACUUCCCCUUACGGAUCACCCGUGCUAUUCGUACCAAAGAAGAGGGGUACUUUGAGGAUGUGCAUUGAUUAUAGGGGCCUCAAUGCCAUCACUGUGAAAAACGCAGAGCCUCUACCUCGCAUAGACGACCUAUUGGAUAGGGUGCAGGGAUGCAAGUACUAUAGCAAGAUAGACUUGAAAUCCGGAUAUCACCAGAUGGCAAUAAGACCUGAGGACCAACACAAGACAACUUUUCAGACUCGUUAUGAUCUGUAUGAGUUCGUAGUGAUGCCUUUCGGUCUUUGUAAUGCGCCGGGUACAUUCCAGCGCGCUAUGAAUCGGAUCUUCCAUGACCAUUUAGAUAAAUUUGUCGUGGUCUAUCUAGACGACAUUCUGAUCUUUAGUAAGUCUGCCGAGGAGCACGCACAACACGUUGAGACUGUACUCUCACUCCUGCGACAACACAAGUAUAAGGUCGACUUAGAGAAGUGUGAGUUUGGUCGCACAAAGAUACUAUACUUGAGUCAUGAAGUAUCCGCGGAGGGAAUUAGGCCGAAAGAUGCGAAGGUGGCUAGUAUUCGAGACUGGCCACGACCUCAGACAGUCACUGAGGUCAGAUCAUUCUUAGGAAUGUGCGGCUACUAUAGAAACUUCGUAAAGAACUAUUUUACAAUCGCCUCUCCUUUGACUGAUCUAACUCGACUUGACACACCGUGGGACUGGAGUGAUGAGUGCGAGGGUGCACUCAUGAAUCAUGAGGUUCUCAUGGUCCCCGAUCCUCAGAAGCCAUUCAUAGUGACCACUGACGCAAGCCAAUACGGCAUUGGAGCAAUGUUGGCUCAACAGGAUGGGAAAAAGUUGAGACUGAUUGAGUACAUGAGCAAGAAGAUGCCAUCAAAGAAGUUGGCAAAGUCCACCUAUGAAAGGGAACUCUAUGCUCUAUACAAAGCACUUGUCCAUUGGAGACACUUCCUAUUAGGAAGAUUCUUCUACUUGAGGACUGAUCAUCAGACCCUCAAAUGGAUCAAGACUCAACCGACUCUUUCUGAUGCACUCAAGCGAUGGAUUGAGGUCAUAGACCAGUAUGACUUCAAGCUUGAGUAUCUGAAGGGAGAGUACAACAAGGUUGCAGAUGCACUAUCCCGUAGAGCGGAUUACCUAGGUGCGCUAGUUUCUAACUUUGGCAUAUCUGACGAAGUAACUCAAUCGUUGGUGGGAGUCUAUCAGGAAGACCCAGUCACGAUGGACAUCAUUCACAAACUUCACGCAAAAGACAAGGCCACAGAAAGUGAGUUCGUGAUGGUGGACGGGCUUCUCUAUCUUGAUAAGGCCGGAAUAAAGAGACUAGUAGUUCCAUCUAGUGAACCUUUGCGUAGUUUGUUUUUAGGAGAAUGCCAUGACGCAACGGGACACUUUGGCUACAAGAAAACGAGUGUUAAUCUAGUACAACGAUUUUGGUGGCCUGGGAUGUUCGAUGACGCAAAGAAGUACGUAGAAACCUGUCAGAUCUGUCAGCGCGACAAGCCGCGAAGUCAAGCACCGCUUGGGUUGCUUAAGCCCUUACCUAUUCCCCCUGGUCCAGGACAGAGUGUUUCCAUGGAUUUCAUGGACACCUUGGUAACUAGCAAGAGUGGUAAGAGGCACAUCUUCAUCAUCAUAAACCGAUUCACCAAGUACGCUAGACUAGUUGCCAUGCCAGAGAGCGCGAGGUCUGACCAUGUCAUCAAGUUGUUUAAGGACAACUGGGUACGGGACUUUGGUUUACCAAAGACUAUCGUUAGUGAUAGAGACGUCCGAUUCACAAGUGAGCUAUGGAAGAAGACUGCGGAACAAAUGGGUAGUCAACUUCAGAUGACUUCAGGGAAUCAUCCCGAAGCCAGCGGACAAGCCGAACAGAUGAAUAGAGUUGUACAGCACUUGCUGAGGCAUUACAUCAAGCCCAACCAAGAUGAUUGGGAUGAGAAGUUGCCACUCAUCGCCAGUCUGUACAACAAUGCUGUGCACAGCAGCACCGGCAGACUGGCACCAUCCUCGUGAUGGCCAUCUCUCUCCUUUGCUGUCACCAUAGCCGUUCCAUGCGUCUCGAAGCACCCUUUCG